AAGCAGGCAGGGUCCUUCAGAAUCAGGGCUGCUGCUGAAGGUCUUGAGCAGGCAGGGUCCUGCAGAAUCAGGCCUGCUGCUGAUGAGGCCAGUGUUCUGAAUGAAGACCACGCAGGAUCUUUUACUUGACAGCUGGGAAAGCCGCUCACUUUAAACGUGAGAAUGAGGGACCAGGCAACUAAAUAAAAAUGUUGAUACAGCAUAACUACUGAAGAUGGGUUUGGUUCGAACGCCUCGGGUCAUAAAGAAGUCACGCAGGUUUGUGAAGGAGGGAGAACCAUGUCAGGUUGAUCUCUAAGGGAAACGUAAGCAAACACGUGCACGGUUUCACUGCUGACACGUGCACGGUCUCACUGCUGAGCCGGCUCAUUAGAGAUGCUGCAGACGGUACACGGGCACAAACGGAGCGUUCUUUAAAUCAGCAUUUAGUGGGUUAGUGUUCAGACCCAGGGAUGGACUGGCACCAAAAUCCGGCCCUGGCUUUUCUACGAACCGUCGGCCCUCGGAGUGGGUGGGGCCCGUCGAACAUGAGUGCGGGGGGUGGUGAGUGAUGCUCGCGGCCAUCUGAUCAGACCUACUCAUCCUCACCUUUAUCAUAAACCAUUAGGGUUCAAAAAGAUGUUUGUUUACCUUUCAUUUCCAUAAACUUAUGAUGUCAAAGUCUCGUGUUCAAUAACCAGUUAAACUGUCUAUGAAGGUUGGUCAGUAGCAGGCUACUACUCCCGGUUUAGCCAUGACAAUUUCAUAUGGUCAAUCGUGUGAAAGGAAGCUAAAGAAGCCACUUUUUAGGUUCAUCUGUUGUCACCAAAUAGCCAAUCAGCUAAUGACAUCACAGCGAUGCAUCUGGGCGUCUCAGUGAUCUGAUGACGUCCAUCAGAACGAGUUUAAACGUGGAUGUUGGCAGCUGGGUUGGUCUGAGUAUUUCAGAAAGCUUCACCCUCAACCACAAACAACGGAGAUGGUCCAGACAGGAACAGCAGCAGUUGUGUGGGUCAGGGUCAGUGGCGCUUUCACAAGGCUGAAGAUCUUAAUUAGAACUGUACAGGACCAUGGUGGCAUGCUCCAUGUCUGUAAGGUCUGGUGUAUCAAUACACCAGCUGCUCCCGCAUGGAAAUUCCCACAGGAUCACCAGAACCGGACCAGAGGAGUCUGGGAAAACCUUUCCUAGUCUGAUGAGUCUGGAUUGGGUCUGAAUUUGGGAUCACCAACCGGUGGUGGUGCUAAAUGGUAACUGAGGACUGGUUCCAGGCGGUUUACCAGGAUAAUAAAGUUUAAAACAAGCUGACCCUGAAAAGGAUGGAUGUGUUUAUUCUGAAGACUCUGGUUUGUUUGCACGCCUCCUCUUCCUGCUGAAACACAGACUUACAGGAGAAGGUGUGAUGCAGAGGCGACCAACCCCAGCAGAUCAUUUUAAUAUUUAAUCUAUCAGGAAUGUUUGUGAGAGGAAACUACCACCUGCUCUGCAGGAAACAGUAGCUUCACAUAAAAAGAAGCUUUUCAUUCAUCCAACAGCUUUCUGUUCAUUAGUAUUCAUCAUAGUGGCACCCCACCUCCUCCUGCUUGGUCUGGUGAGGUGUUGGUUGGUCUGAGCAUCGCGUGGCUCCUCUCAGGGACUGGCUGAUGGUGUUGGCGUGGCUCUGCCUCCUCCCCUCGCUCUCUGCCUCUGUCUGCAGCCACAGGCUCCUUCCCACUGUCCACACGUUCUCCGUGUGUCUGCCUCGUGGAGCGUUGCUGCGGCUGACCCUGGAUCCAUCUGGCAUCCGUCAGCAGGAUGAGCGCCAGAAUGUGCUUCACGUUUCUCAGCUGUCUGGUCUUUCUGCAUCUUUGGUCAGGAGGCUCAUGUUCAGAAGCAGAACACCGGCUCUUCUCUGUGAUUUUCUCCAACUACAAUCAGUACAUACGGCCGGUGGAAAACGUGUCUGACCCAGUCGUCGUGCAGUUUGAGGUGUCCAUGUCCCAGCUGGUCAAAGUGGACGAAGUCAAUCAGAUCAUGGAGACCAAUCUGUGGCUGAGACACAUCUGGAACGACUACAAACUCAAAUGGGAUCCAAAAGAUUUUGGAGGCGUGGAGUUUAUUCGAGUGCCAUCCAACCGGAUAUGGAAGCCGGACAUCGUCCUGUAUAAUAACGCAGUUGGAGAUUUCCAAGUUGAUGACAAAACCAAAGCUCUGCUCCGCUACAACGGUGAUGUCACUUGGAUCCCUCCUGCCAUAUUUAAGAGCUCCUGCAAGAUUGAUGUCACAUAUUUCCCUUUCGACUACCAAAACUGCACCAUGAAGUUUGGCUCGUGGACCUACGACAAGGCCAAGAUCGACCUUGUGCUGAUCGGUUCAACCAUCAACCUGAAAGACUUCUGGGAAAGCGGCGAGUGGAUGAUCAUCGACGCGCCUGGAUACAAACAUGACAUCAAAUACAACUGCUGUGAGGAGAUCUACACGGACAUCACGUACUCCUUGUACAUCCGCCGCCUGCCUCUUUUCUACACCAUCAACAUGAUCAUCCCCUGCCUCCUCAUCUCCUUCCUCACGGUGCUCGUCUUCUACCUGCCGUCUGACUGUGGAGAGAAAGUCACAUUGUGCAUCUCUGUCUUGCUGUCUUUGACCGUCUUCCUGCUGGUCAUAACAGAGACCAUCCCUUCCACCUCGCUGGUCAUACCCCUGAUCGGCGAGUACCUCCUCUUCACCAUGAUCUUUGUCACCCUCUCCAUCGUCAUUACGGUGUUUGUGCUGAAUGUCCACUAUCGCACACCGAAGACACACACCAUGCCCUGCUGGGUGCGUCGUGUGUUUCUAGGACUUCUCCCUCGAGUCAUGUUCAUGACCAGGCCAGACAGGGACCCCGAGAAGGUGACGGUGGCCAGCAGUGUCCAGACGAAUCAUUCAAGGUCCUGUGCUGUCCACUCUUCAGGUAGUCUGCAAAAGCAGCACAAGCCUCAGGCUCUGGCCUCCAGCGUGGUGUCGAGUAUCACAAACCGACAGCGACUUCUUAACAACACUGAGCUCUCAAACCUCAACAACUUGAGCGGAGACUCCACCAAAUGUGCCGGAUCUGGGUUCUUGUGCUGUGAAGGUCGCUGCAACUGCUGCUGGCAGAAGAGAUCAGGAAAACUGCCUUCAGACUCCGGAGGAGGUGGAGGUGGACUGGGCAGCCUGGGAGCCCUGACUGGAGGAGGUACUGGAGGCGUCAGAAGGGAGAGUCAGUGCUCCAGCUCGGAGUCUCUGGAUGGAGGGAUCGUGUCCCUUCUGCCUCUGUCCCCAGAGGUCAGGGAGGCCAUUGAAAGUGUGAAAUACAUCGCAGAGAACAUGAAGCUACAGAACGAAGCAAAGGAGGUUCAGGAUGACUGGAAGUACGUUGCCAUGGUAAUCGACAGGAUCUUCCUGUGGGUUUUCGUCCUGGUCUGUAUCCUGGGAACAGCUGGCCUCUUCCUGCAGCCGUUAUUACUCGGCGAGGAGAUUUGAUUCGAUUUUAUAAAACUAAUUCUGCAGAAAGGCACCCAACUGUUGCAUAAGAGCCUCUGCCAGAGCCCAGAGACGGUAGAAACACUGACUGGUUCAUUCAGUUUGCUGAAAAUGGAACACAUGUUGGCUGGGAAACAGAAAUGGAACGUGGGCUUUGAGCCGCAUUCCAAUCUCACUGAGAAUCUAAUGAGAUUUCACGUUUCCAUCAGUAAUGAUUAAUGAACGAGUGAAUAUAAAAGCCGAGUGGCCGUGGCAGGUUUUACUGGUGUUACACACACCCAGCCACCAGACACGUGAAGCUGGUUUACAUUCGACGGUGUGAAACUCGUCAGUCUCAAGUGUUCAUGUCUGAUGUGAGGAUGAUGAUGAUGUUCACUUUCUCUGAGUUGUACCAGACAGCAUCUGUAGUUCCUGUCGGGGUGAAUAAAUACAGACACAGUGA